AUUCAAGCCAAAUAUAUACAUUGAUAGAUAGACAAACAUAUCAUAUUCUCGUAUAGAAAGUGUGCUCGUUUGAAAUAGUUUUAUCUACGACAUUAUGAGUAAGAGAUUGGAAAGUGUGACUAGUCUUGAAUAUUAUUACAAUUACGUCAAAACAGGUUAACUAUUGUGACGCAUUAAAAUUGAGGUCAUCUUAUUCAAAUCAACUUUUUAUUAUUAGGAUACAUAACGACACGUGUAUACACACAACACAUCAACAAAUACAUCUACAGUAAAUCCUCAGGUAUUGGAAGAUUUAAAUUUGUACAUCUUUCUUUAAAGAAGAAUUCAGAUCGUUUUUUUUCUGCAUUCGAGAACUUAUUUUCAUGGUUCAUAUUAUUUUUGGAAAUAUCAAAGAAAGGAAUUAAGUUUAUUGGAACAACAACAACAACAAAAAAAAACAAUUUUUUUCACUGAUUACUUCGUUUAAUUAAUUAAAACUCUUCAUCAUUAUCACAUGCCAACAUCGAAUGAAACAUACAUCUAUCCUGAUCCAUGCCCAGAACAACAACAACAAACGACUAAAAUGCGUUCACUUAAUUCAAUUGAACAAAAUCGUACAGAAUCAAUGAAAGAUUUAGCGGAUUGUGUUGAACAAAAUGGUGGUCUUAGGGGAUAUUUAUCUAAUGAAUCCAUUCAAUGUUCCAAUAAUAAUAAUAACAAUAAUCCAAAGUCAGCUAGUAUAAACGUAAAUACAACAAUGAGUAGUAUGAAUGAUAUCACAAUGACAUCGGAUCAGCAUAGCAGUAGUAAUAGUAUCACAGGUGGUGGUGUUACUGGUAGUGAUGGAGAUCGAGAUGGAGGUGGUGUUAAUCAGUUUGGCAAGAAAUUUUCAAAAACCAAUUAUUCCACACACAAUCACCCUCAUCAUCAUCAAUCACAAUUGCAUCAAAAUGGCAAUGCGAGUACAGGAGCUGAGAAAAUGUCAAGAACGAAUUUAUACAUAAAAGGAUUACCAGAAAAUUUUGAUGAUGAACAAUUAUGGCAAUUGCCACCGGAUCAAACAAAAAUCAAAUCAGUAAAAGCAGCCACUGAUGAGGAUACCAAAUGUCGGGGAUAUGGAUUUAUUGAUUUUGUCUCUGAAGAUGCUGCCAAUGAAGCAUUACAACAAAUUAAAGAAACUCAUCCAUCAUUUACAAUUAAAUUUGCAAAGGAAAAUGAAAAAGAUAAAACCAAUCUAUAUGUGACAAAUCUUCCAAGAACAUGGACAACAAAAGAUAGUGAUCAGUUGAAAGCAGUAUUUGAACGAUUUGGUCAUAUACAAUCAGCAUUUGUUAUGAUGGAACGCUUAACCAACAAAACAACUGGAAACCGUUUACUCAGUUUAGUUGUAGCUGGUUGUUCUGAAAAUUCCAACCAAUUGGCGUUGUAUAAAUUCGAUCCAUUAGAACGAACUGUAACCUUAUGGCAUUUAAUCAAUGAUGUUGGAACAGCUCCAAUCACUUCUUUCUACUUAUUACGUAGGUUCCUGGGUGUGGACACAAUCAGUAUAUCGGUGUAUAUUGGUGAUAGUAAUAGUCUACUGCAUAAUUACGCAAUUAUUGAUAAAAAGUUCCAAUUGAAACAAACAUUUGAUGCAAAUAAAUCUCCUAUAAAAUUUAUGGAACGUGUUUCGAAUCAUUUGUUCGCUGCUUCGGAUGAUGGUGAAGUUAGCGUCUGGAAGCAUGAUAAACAUGGUGCUUUGCAAUUCUCUCACCGUCUCAAUGUCUGCACAGAUAUGCCGUCAAAGAAUAAUAGUAAUAAUAGCACUUUGGAAGAAUCAUAUUAUUUGACCGGCUUUUUCACGUUCUUGGAUCGUUAUGAUUCCUUGAAAUUUGAACGAAAACUAUGCAGUCCAACUAUUGAAACAAUCGAUAAAUUGAUGAUAUCCAAGCCUGAUAAUCAACAUACUGAAUCUGAUGAUGAAGUGAAGGAUCCGGAUUCUGAAGUUACUUCACUUAGUGGAUGUUGCAUGUCAAACAGCAAUAGUUAUGUAACAGGUUCAGAUCAAAAAAUUUAUGAAUGUGGUUACAAAAUACAUAUUGAUAUUGAAGAGAGAAAUAAAACAUAUUUUAUUGCUACUGAUUAUCUGAAAGAUGAACAAUUUCAUUUGUUGAAUUCAUGUAAAAAAGGAUACAUAGUUUAUCGAGAUACAUCAUAUGAUGCAACGUGUCGUUUAUUAUAUGGUGUUAGAUUAUCAUGCAAUAAAUCGUCUGAUUGCUCACAAGUUAUUCAGGAUUUUUGUUAUCGAACAUUUGCACCAUUCAUUCUACAAUAUCGUGGUACAUUGAAAGGACACUCAGGUCUUGUUCCAUGUACACUGACCUCUGGAUGUACCACUAAUAGUGAUGUAGAUUGUAUAGUUGCCAGUGCAUCUGGUCGAACUGUGUGUGAUGUCGGUUGUGAUAUUCGUCUUUGGAGUAUACCUUCGAAAAGGAAACUAUUGAAUUAUCAACCAAAUCAACAUUUUGGACCGAUCACAUGUUUGGGCCAAUUAAAAAUUACAGAUCACUACAGUAUCUGUAUAUCAGGUUGUAUGGAUGGGAGUGUAAUGUUUUGGUCAUUUAAGAAUUCCGAGCCGUUGGAUCUUAAACAUGUGUCAGUUGCAGACUUGACAAAUAAAAAGUCUAUAAAAUGGAAACCGUUAUUACAUGGAUUUUGUUCAGCGUUACGACCAAAAUAUGCAAUAUCUGAUAUUGCUACACAAACUUAUGUGAUGGAUGAAUCGAAACGAACAGUGCAAUAUUUGAUUUAUAUUGCUUACGGUGAAAAAUUAUGGAGAAUGCGAAUUAUACUGGAUCAGUCGAAUAUGUCUAUGAAUGAUGUACAAAAUACUUUUGAACGAUUGUUCUCUAUGAAUGGGAAAACAGAACUCCAUUUUGCAGAAUUAGAUGUAUUCUGGUCAUCUGAAUUAGAUAUUCCUUGUUCUGAUAUUGCUAGCUUCACUGCAAGUCAUCCUAUUGUAAAAAUAUCUCCACGUUAUGCUAAACCUAAUGAAUUAGAACAAUGUGAAGUUAUUGCUGUCCUCGUCAAUGGUGAUGUAAUUGUUUUGACGAGUAAUGAGCAUGAAAAGUUUUCAUUUGAUCAAUGUAUUGUAGAAAAUGGUUUAUGGUGCUCAUCUAUAGGUACGAAUGUUGUUGGAGUUUUCACCACACGUUCAGGCAUGGCUUUUAUAUGUAGACACACUGAUGAAAGUCGUACAUUUCACCGUAUUUCUGGAUACAUGGGAUCAUGUGAAAAAGAAAUGUGGAUAAAUACAUUGAGUGUUCUAUCUACCGUACAAACAGAAGGCAGUCAUUUAUUGUAUUUGGCUGAAUGUCAUCUUAUCAAUUGUUGGAGAAUUCUCAUUUGUAAUGAAAAUGGUGAUUUGGUGACAGAUUUUACACUUGAUAAUUCAUCAAUAAAAGUUACUGGAUAUUGUGCGAAGUUACUAUCACCAACUGAAGACAAUAGUUCAACAUUGAUCUAUCUUAUAAUUGCAACAUCAGAUAAUAUUUUACGUGUUCUAGGAUGUGCAAUAAACAAUCCAAUCACAGUGGUGAAUUCAAAACAGUGGAAACAGGUUGCUAUGUAUCCAGUUGAGACAGAAAUCACUCAACUUUAUACUCUUGAUGGUGAUAGUCAAUUGAAAAUUCUUGCCGGUGAUAGACAAGGACAAAUUCAUUGUUUUACAUUAUUGUGAUAUGUACACAUACAUGCAGAUAGAGUCUGUAUGUUGUAAAACUGUUUUAUUUCUUUUGGAAAAACGUCUUCCUGUUUAUUUUGCUUUUUAUAUUUUAACAUAGAGCUAACUUCUUUCUUUCACAAUUAUUUCCUUAAUAAUAUGUGCAAAUGAAUGAUCAUGAGAUGGGAUUGUCUAAUGUCAUUUAUGGUGAUCAUUUAUUAUUAUAACCAGAUUGAAAACAUGUUAACCUGUUCUUUUAAAAUAUAUUUAUUUCAUAAAA